GUCUGUCUCACGUCUUUCAUCUGCUAAAGAUUUAUUUCAUGUCUAGAUAAGUUUUACAGAGAUGAGAAGGUAAGCUAACUACAAAGUAAUUUGAGUGUCCGAUGAUGUUCAGACUGAACACUAUCCCACCUCUGUGAUCCAAGAAUAGACCAGGCAGAAAGACUUACACUGCUCUAAGAUCAAGAGACACUUCUGAAUCCACCGGGUCUGCUGCAGGGCAAGAAACGUUUUCUAGCAUUUUAUUUGCCGUGCUUAUUCGAGUGCCAAGCAGUACGAAAUCGGACCCUGACGUUUUGGUGUUUACUUUGUUAAAGGUCACGUGACUGUGAGAGCUGAGGCAGGGAAAUGGAGAGCAGCUGGCAGCACAUGGACUAAAAUGCUUCUAUUUUUCCAUUGUGCAGUGGUUGUUGGAAUUCUUCAGCGGGCCUGGCUUACCUUAUAUGGAGGACCUGCAUUUCAUUUCUGAAUUACAGUGAGGUGCAACUUAAAGGGUUAAAAAUGGCCUAAACUUUGAUCCAGACAGCGCUUUGUCAUUCAGAUGAAUAAUCUCAGGCAAUACGUUAUGAUACUUUUUGAGUGGAUAAGCUUUUGGCUGAAACACAUUCUUAGAAGGAUUUUGGAUGCUUUUCCAAUAGUCAACAACUGGAUAGCGUCCUCAGGUGUCACAGACAGAGCAUUAUGCCAAACAGACUCAGAGGAAUGGAAGACUAAUGAGGCGCUGCGCACAUAUCUCCUUGGAGAUGGUGAUGAAACCAAGGUUACAGUCCAAACCAGCCCACAUGCCUUUCUUGUGAACCUACAGAGACUUUCAGAGUGUAGUGAGUACUUCCGAGCUUUGUCCCAGUCCAGCAUGAGAGAGACUUCUGAGAGCCUCAUCCACAUGGAUCACGUGUCCUCUUCCAUCUUCCACAAUCUGCUUGAGUUUUCCUUCAAUAAUAAUUUCAAAGUUCCCCUAAAUGAGUUGGGAGCACAUAUCAAGGUAAGCAACUAUCUUCUAGCAGAUGCCUUCCUCUCAAAGUGCCUGUCAGUCCUGACAGAUGAGCUCAGCCCAUCUAACUGUUUGUCAUACCUGAGUCUUGCUCAUGAGAUCUUUUGUAUGGAACUGAAGAUGACAGUACUGACUUACUUGAGUAGAAACCUGCUGGAGCUUCCGGACAUCAUCAGGUGCCUGAAUGAUGAGGAGAGGGAAGAAGUUGUCCACUUGAGGACUCGAGGAGACCAACACCUCUGCACCCUACGGAAAGAGAACCUGAGUUCUUGGAAGGAUCCAGAAACAGAACAUGCACGACACAUAUUCACCCUGCAAGGAUCAGAGGACAGUGGGGAUUGGAGGUUACAGGGAGCGUAUGAAGAGAGGCUGGGAGUUCAGCAUGGCUUCCUUUCGAUACAAUCCCUUUACUCAGACGUGGGUCACCACAUCUCCUCUGAUAAAACACAGAAGGCACUUCAGUGCAGUGGCCUGUGA